AUCAGACAACCUGGACACAAGAGAAGCAGUCAAUAAUAUACAAACUGCAUUCCCGUCGCUGAUAGACUCGAUGGAUUAUGUUCCAAAUACCAAUCCAGACCCAUCCACAGAUUGUAGCACCAGCAAUGACAUAAACAGAGAAACGUUCCCGAAAGCAUAUGACUCAUCUGGAUUACAUUCCUUCAAUAUGAAUGCCAGCACUUCACAAACUUUAGAAUGUAAACUUAAACAUAGUCCACAGGAAGAAGUAGUAAUAGCAGAAGAAAUCAAUAAUGUACAAAGUGCUUUCUCUUCUAGAAUAUGUUCCAUGGAAAAAGGACAAGCACACAAUGUAGUUACGGAACCAGAAAAAUACAUUUUACCGUCUAAUUACAUUUCAACUACCAAUCUAGAUCCAACCUUAGAAACAUGUCAAUUGUCUCAAUUAAACCUCUCAUAUGUGACCCCUCCAGGGAGCUUAGAGACUAAACACAGCCCUUCAGAAAACUUUCAAAAAAAGGAAGAAGCCAAUAAUGUAGAAAAUGCAUUCCUAUCUUGGAUAAGCUCUACGAACAAAGGCUAUACACUAGUUGCAGGUACAGAAGAAGAACAAAAUAAUUUACUGUAUAAUUCCAUUCCAUAUGCUGAUCAAUAUCCUGCUAUAGAGGAUGUAAUCAACAAUGCCACAAAUGGAGAAAAGUGUUUGAAAUCUACAGAGGACUUAGAUUUGGAAAUAAAAGAAGCAGUCAGUAAUAUGCAUACUGCUUUCUCUUCUUUGAUGGACUUAAUGAAUUGUACUGCAAAUACCGAUGAAGAUCCUGUCAUAGAGUGUGUACCCAAGAAUGUCACAAAUAAUAAGGAAGGAACGCUCCUGAAGGCAAAUGACCCGUCUCUAUUAAAAUACUUUGAUACGUACGGGAGCACGUCAGAGGACUUGGAAUUGGAAGUUGAAAAAACAGAAGAGGUUAAUAAUAUUCAAUGCACUUUCUUUUCUCUGAUAGAAUCAAUGAAAAAAGGCCCAUCACAACUUGCAGAAACUGAACCUGAAGAAAAUGCCUUAUUGUAUAGUUGUGAACCGAAUAUUGAUCAAAAUUCAACCAGUGAGUGUGUAACCAAAAGUUUUGCAAGUGUAGAACAGAGCUUCACUGCAAAUGAACCCUCUCCAUUAAUCUCCUUACUUAUGAAUAACAGUCAGACGCUUGCUGUUACAGAAGAAGAAAAUAGAACUUUACUAGUUAAUUACAUUCCAAGUGCUGAUCACGAUCCUGACAGAGAGUGUGUUUUCAAAAGUGAUAUAAAUACAGAGAGAAACAUGAAUACAAGUGACUCAUCUGAACUUAACUCCUCCAUUACUGGUCUUAGUUCUAUGGAGGACUUACAGAGUCUAACAGACAAUCUGGACACGAGAGAAGCAGUCAAUAAUAUACAAACUGCAUUCACAUCGCUGAUAGACUCGAUGGAUUAUGUCCCAAAUCCCGAUGAAGAUCCAGUGAUAGAAUGUAUAACUAGCACUGACAUAAAUAAAGGAACAAUCGUGAAGGCAAAUGACCCAUCCCUUUUAAAAUACUUCGAUACGUAUGGAAGCACGUCGGAGGAAGACUUGGACUUGGAAGUGGAAAAUACCGAAGAGGUCAGCAAUAUACAAUGCGCUUUCUUUUCGUUGAUAGACUCCAUGAAAAAAGGCCAAGCACAACCUCAGCCACCUAACUUGAAAAAUUGUGUUGAUGGUGUAAUCUUAGAACAAGUUAAUGAGAAAGAUGUUCCACAAUUUCUGAAACUGGCAGAUGAAGAACACAAUUUCCAGUCAGAUGAAAUGCCAAUAGGAAAACCUGAUGCUGAAAUUAAAAACAGACAAAAUAAAUAUUCUAGGCCAUGUUCAGUAAUAUUAGGUUUAAAAUAUAGGCCAUUAUUACCUAGAAAAUUAAGACAUAGGAAGUGGAAAAGAGAACACAAGAAUGUUAAUUUUGAGUCUGGCUCAGAUACACAAACGGACUUAAAAGCUAGUGACAAUUCAACUACUCAUUCAGAAGAUAAAUUCACUCAUUAUAUGCAAAAGCAGGAGAUUCCAGUUGAACAUUUAAGGUUAGAUUCCAUGAGUAUCUCGGUUAGCAAUACUGACAGGAACGAUCCGGAAGGAAUACAAAAUUCAGAAAUGAAAAUAUCUAAUGAGAAAAAUUGCAACGACACAAAUAGCUAUUCAGUUCCAUCCCAAUCUAUUGAAGAAUCGAAUAAACCAGAUAAACUGGAGAACUGUGUUAUGCAAUCUGAACACCAGGUUUCUGAUACCUACCAAGAAUCAACAGUAACUCAGGAGAACUAUACCCUGAAACAAACUGAUAUACAUGGAGUGGCACAAGAUCAUAUAUUGCAACCUACAGAUGAACAGAAUAAAACAGAUAAUUUGGACAACAACCAUAUGCAUUCUGAAGAGGCCUCUAUCAUCCAAAAAGAUACUGCAGCAACUCAGCAGAACCAUAGUCUAACAGAGAGAAAUAAAUGUGACGAAUAUGGGGUUACACAAGAGCUGAAGUCUAAUGGCGUACAAGCUUUGACAGUAAUGAAGGACACACGCAUAAAAUAUUAUAAACCAUUAAAAUGCAGGCCAGCCUCAUCAAACGGGACCAAACAGAUAUCGAACCCUGAGCAUUUGGCAGCGAAGUCUGCUGUAGAUUGUCCCAAGAAUUUAAAAGAACCUUUAAAUAAACGAACUAGAAGAUCAUCUAGCUCUCUACCACCUCCAGAAGAAACAAAAUGUAAUAUAAACGUGUGGGAUUAUAGCACAAGAUCACCCUUCAAAGUGACAUUUAAUGGAGAUUACUCGGAGAAUUUAUUAGACUCAGAAGACACUCAGGACAAGAAAGCUGACAAUGAUUGGGUAAAAAAAUUUCCAAAAUCUGAAGAAUACAAAUGUCUUGAAGAUACAGGGGAUUAUGUGUCACCAAGGAAUAGUACCAAUGAAAGUAGUGACGCAGAAUCAAUUUUGAAUAUUGCAUAUAAAAGAUCGGCUAGUGGCACCUCUUCAGGAACACGUAUGUCAAAAUCUUCAUUAGACAAUAAAAGUGGCUCACCCACCAAGAUAGUUAGGAAUAAAUUAAAUGGUAACAUAGUCACUACACCACCACCACACAUAGAUCAUAGGCCACGUUUAAAACCAUUAAAAUGCAGAUCAGCCCCAUCAAACAUAACCAGGCAGAAUUCAAAUACAGAGCACCUGACAACAAAGUCUAGUUUAGAGUGUCAUAAGAAUGGAAAUGCACCUUUAAAGAAACAAAAUAGAAAAUCGUCCAGCUCUUUGCCACCACAUUCAGAGGAAACAUGUAAGAUAAAUGUGUGGGACUAUUCCAUGAGAUCACCCUUCAAAGUGACAUUUAAUGGAGAUUACAAGGACAAUUUAUUAAACUCAGAAGAUACACAGGAUAAAAAAGGUGAUAAUGAUUGGGUGAGAAAAUUACCCAAAUCUGAAGAAUACAAAUGUCUUGAAGAUACUGGGGAUUAUGAGACACCAAAGAAUAGUACUAAUGAAAGUAGCGACUCCUCAGAAACUUCUACGGCAGAAUCUUCUUUAGAUGAUGGGUGUGAUUCAAGAAUGAAGAAAGCCACUGCACAAUUAAUGAUCUGUGACCAAAAUGCUAUGCAAGUUGAAAAACCUCAGUCUCGGCAGAAUAGAGUUAAAAGAGAUAACACACAUAUUAAGAAUGGACAAAAACAUAAGAGAGAUGAUCAUAGGGCAUGUUCAGUGCCAUCGAGCCAGAAUUCAAAUACGGAGCAUAAGAACGUAAAAGGGCCUUUAAAGAAACAAACUCGAAAAUCAUCUAGUCCUUUGCCACCUUCUACAGAAUAUUCCAUAAACGUGUGGGACUACUUCCCAAAAUCACCCUUCGAAGUGACCUUAUCAAAGUCAGAAGAUACACAGGACAAGAAAGAGGACAAUGAUUGGGUGAGAAAAUUCCCAAAAUCUGAAGAAUACAAAUGUUUAGAAGAUACUGGGGAUUAUGAAUCGCCAAUGACAGACACUGAUGAACACAGUGGUACAGAAUCAUCUCUUCUGAACAUUCCACGUUUACAUUCGGCCAGUGAUUCCUCAGAAUCUUGUACGACGGAAUCUUCGUCGAAUCAUAAAUCUGGCUCACCGACUAAGUCGAAAGGAAAUGAAUUAUCUGAAACGUCGACAACUCCACUGCCAGCAAGUCAAACACACGUGAUACAAGCUUGGCUUGAUAAUGGAACAAACAUUAAAACAAAAUCCCGACGAAAGAAAAAGUUGGUAAAACAGGAUGAGUCCAUAAAAAUUUCAACAGACAAUGAAUCGAAACAUCUUGAUGACAUAACAAUUGACAAUUUUACUUCCACUGAUUUUGACACUAAAUUGAUUCAUGUUAAGCCUUGCCGUAGCGACAUUAGUGAGAAGAAACACUAUGACCAUUCACAUAUCUUUACAACACAUCCAUUAACAAAUACAUCAACAAAUGUAGGCGCCCGAAUAGGAUGUUCCUCAGCUCAAGAAGGGGCUCAAUACGUGGGCGAUUUAUUAAUUGAGGAUAUAACAUCGUUCGAGGCGUCUGAUACUACAUUUGUAGAUUUGAAUCCUAGAGCCACAAAUGUAGAUAAAAGAGAACAUAACAUUUUUACACAGCAGGUUGAUGGUAAACAAGAAUUAACACGAGGAAAUUUGUCAAUGCUUCAAAAUACUGUGAAAGUAAAGACAUUAAGUCCACUGAAUAAUAUCGGACCAAACUAUUAUAAUAAAAUUCAAGAUAAAACAGUUAUUAUGUCACGACAUGUUAGAAGACCAAUUAGCAAACAGAGAAAUGUGGAAAGCUCGCUGAGAAAAAAUGUUUCAGUACAAAACGAUGCGGAAAGGAAUGUUAUAACAAGUAAGGAAAAUUGAAGAGUCAUCAUUUUCUAAAUUGUCAACAAUAAACUUACUUUGAAACAUUUAAAAUUGUACUUUACUGAUCUAUAGUUGUACAUGAGAGUUGAAAAUUGAACUUUACAUUAUAUUGAUGUAAAUGUAUGGGUGAUGGUAACAUGACAAAAUGACGUACAGGCCAACCAUUAAAAAUGGAAAAAUGUCCUAACACAUCUGACAAAUUGUCAUCUUCAUUUAUUUCAAAUUGAGGCUGGAAAUAAGCCAAGUUCGGAACUUAGUUCAAACUUAAUUUUAACAGGUGUGUUCUGACCUUUCACCAUCUUUAUUGGUUGGCCUGUUUUUAUAAUUGACAAAACCAACACAUAGGCAGAACAAGACAAAACUAUGAAAAAUGAGAUUUCUCAUUGAGGUUUGCAGGGUCAGAAAAGUUUUUGCAUUUCACCAUUUUCAAUUGUUGGUCUAUGUGUCACUAUAACAGUAAAAAAAAGACCACAAUGAAACAAAAUAUCAUGAAAAAAUUCUUUACAUUUCAUCUUUGUCAACAUUGAUCAGAAGAUGGGGAAAAUGUAGUUUAAUGCUGCUUACAUAGUUUCUAAGAAUAUUGCCUACAUGUGCACAUCCAUGGGAAAGAGUAACUUAUAUAUUUAACCACGAUUUGAAGAUAAUAAUUUGACAACUCAUCGCUACUCAAGUUAGAACUUCCAUGAAGGUUUAAAUCAUUUACAAUUAACAGCAGUAUUCAUUAAUGUCUCAAAUACAAUUAUUACAAUUUUAUACCACCAAUUACAUUAUUCAAGAGUACGUUACAUUGGUUAAUACAAUUAUUAGUUUUUACAUCUCCAGAGUAUCUGGAUAAGUUAUUUACAAUAAAUACUUGUUUCUUUUUGCAAAAAAUUAUUACACAAUUUAUCAUUAAUUUGAAAAUUACGAUGCACAGGAAUACAGUCUACCAACUUGGGUUAGAAUAGAUUGUAGGAAUUGUGGGAAUUACAUUUACAGUGUUAAUGGAAAUAUUUUUCAAAUCAAGUCUUUUGAGAAUGACUCUGAAUGCUGGAAGUUGCUGCAAGGGUAAGGUUGAUAUUCUGUAGUAGAACAGGCUUUCGAAAAGAAGUAGAAUCAUAGAUGAAUGGUUUGCCCCUGAAAACAAGGCUUACACUAUUUGCUUUUAUGAGGUAUAGCCCAGUUAGAGUUUUCGCUUCUGUGGAAUCAUGCUUCAAAAAACUGAAAUUUUUCUGUAUAUACAAAACUGAUUAAUCUCCUCAACAAAAGCAGUUCUGUGAAUGUGCAGAUGGAGCUAGAUUCUUUCAACAAGAUGUCCUUCUUGCAUGAAGUGUUGAACUGAUAGAACUCAGAACUCAAUUCGCUAGUGGAAGUGUCAUCUUGAAGAGCACUGAAAUUGGGGUAAUCCUGAAUGUCCGGUGUAGCUAAAAAGGUUGAAUUUAUGGGCAGUUUCUUUACUGUUUUGGUAGUUCGUGUCAGUAAAGUUUCAUAUUUCUGAAUGAUCUUUGAAAUUUCUGUUGGCUGUUAGAGGACUCCUUUCAAAGUUAGGUUAGUUGCAUCGAUGCCCUCUUUAAUUUUUUCAUGAAUAUACGGAGAGGAAGACAACAUAGAUUUGCUACAUGAGGGAGAUUCCCAAGUCUGUAAUCCCUCCGAAGGGGCAGUAAAUUUUUGUUGAGCAAUAUUCCUUAUUGCCUAACAAAACACUAUUUUAUUAUCUUCUCCACAAACAUUUUCAGCUUCUUGCGUGAUGGCAUUUAAUAGAGUGGUUAUUGUGUUCUGCCUAAUAGCUUCUGAAGUUCAUGUUUUGUACAAUUUUUAUAAUUAGAAUUUACUUAA